UCGCGUACUUCCACCGCGUUAGCGCACUUCAGUCGAGGGUUUUCUCAUCAGUGCCAAUAUGCAGUAGUAUGCUCCUUCGAUACCUGUGAAUCAAUAUGAUGGUUUAAAUAGAAACAACCGAACGUGUGUAAAAUCAUUACGCAUUUUGGGAGGUAAUAUGCAGCGCCCUCGGCUAUGGAGUGCCCUGUGUUUGAUGACCGUCUGUUACCAGCUUGGAAUGUCAAGCAGAUACGGAUGUCUGUUUGAGAAGCGGCUCUGCUCCAGGGAACAGCUCUGCUCUGAUGACGGCCUCUUUGGGCAGUGUCAGGGCUCCAAGCAGGACCGGGUGCAGUACCAGGUCUCCGUCCCUGUGCUGCAGAGACUGCAGGAGGUGCUGAAACAGCUGAUGAUUCAGGGCCUCUCCUGGCAGGAUGACAUCACCCAGUACAUAAUCGCCAAGGAGCUGGGUCGGGUUCCCCAAACACACACCCCCGCCCGGCCCAGAGAAGGACCCCCGUCACAUGUGUCCCAGUCCUCUGAGAAGACCUCCAGCAGGACAGCGUACCCCAGCUCCAGGUCCCGGGGAGGUGUGGAGCAGAUCAGCCCAGCACUGAUGCAGCGCUACCUGGACUAUAUGAUCCUGUCUGACCCUGCGCAGGCCUCCCUCCACAUGCAGACCCCACUACUGGACCCGUACACCUACCACCAGUAUGGGUACCAGGAGGAAGAGGAACGAUCCCUAAACUCGUUAGGGGGGCCUGGGUACCCGCGUCCGUCCUCCGCACUGAGGAGUGACCGGGCCCACGCCAGGGACCAGGACAGGCAGCUGCUGCAGGAUCUGGUGUCUCAGUACCUCUCCUCUGCACAGCCCUCCUUCCGCCACCGGGUGGCGGCAGUCUCCAGCUCCCCCUUUUACGAGGAGCUGGACUUUCCUUUGGACUACACGGAGGACUACGUCUCCCAGGAGGAGGAGGUUGGCACCCGACGGCAGCACAAGAAGGCCCCGCAGAACUACCGCACGAUGCCCGGUCUGGAUGAUGUCACCCUGCAGAGGAUUGCUGCGGUGCUGGAGAGAAACGGCAUCGAUGUGAAAGAGCUGAGCCCCCAGCAGCUGGACAGCCUGAUCGCCAUCCUGCAGCUGCAGCAGGCCGAGAGCCUGCAGACCCCAGAUCAUUACAAAGAUGGUGCAACCUCAAUAAAGAAGACUGGCCUCCUGGAAGGCGCCAUGACGCACACGGGCGAAAAAGCCCCCCCCAUGCCCGCCCCCUCCGCCGCCGUGGCCCCCAGCUCCCAGACGGCCCCAGAGACCCCUUCCAUAGCUCCCACCCCAACUGUCGCUGUCACUCUGGGGCCCGGGGGAACUGUUCAGGGGGCCACCGUGGGGGUCCAGGAGGAGGAGCUGAGUUCCAGGGGCCCCAAGGCGGGGCCCACUGCAGGGGGAGGCACACAGAGCAGGGAGGAGUACGGCUACAUCGUCACUAAUCAGAGUCCCCUCAGCCUGUUUGACGGGGUGCGUCUGCUGGAGACCCUGGCUGAGAGGAUCCACCUCACCUCCAGCACCUUCAUCAACAUCAGUGUGGUGGGUCCUGCCCUGACGUUCAGAAUCCGACAGAACAACCAGAACCUGAGUGCUGACGACGUGGCUGAGAAAGCAGUGGCGGAGAAGGCCUUUCUGGAGGCCCAAACAGGGCUGAAGAUUCUCCAGACAGGGGUGGGAGAGAGGAGCGAUGGUCGAGGGUUGCCCCAGGCGACCAGGGUGCGCGAGGGCUCCCGCUGGGUGUUCCUCACGCUGGUGGGCGUGGCCUGCGUGGGCGGGAUCCUGGUGGCGGCGCUGACCAUCGCCUGCCUCCGACAGCACGCCCGUCAGCUGGCGUCCGGGAAGCUGGGCCUGGGCCCCGAGGGCGGAAGUGACACGCACUAUGAUUACCAGGAAUUGUGCCGUCAGCACAUGGCGGCCAAGUUUGGUCGGCAGGAGACGGGCGGCGGGGCCGGAGGAGGAGGCGGGGGCGGGGGGGGCACGGACACCUCCCGGGUGAGCAGCGUGUCGUCCCAGUUCAGCGACGCGCCCCAGCCCAGCCCCAGCUCCCACAGCAGCACCCCCUCCUGGUGCGAGGAGCCAGCGCAGUCCAACAUGGACAUCUCCACCGGACACAUGAUCCUGGCCUACAUGGAGGACCACCUGAAGAACAAGGACCGGCUCCUGAGGGAGUGGGAGGCCCUGUGCUCCUACCAGGCCGAGCCCAGCACCGUGUCGGUGGCCCAGAACGAGACCAACCUGAAGAAGAACCGCAACCCCGACUUCGUGCCCUACGACCACUCUCGAGUGAAACUGAAGGCGGAGGUCAACCCCUCUCGGGCAGACUACAUCAACGCCAGCACCGUCAUUGAACACGAUCCUCGAAUGCCUGCCUACAUCGCCACCCAGGGACCCCUCUCACACACCAUCGCUGACUUCUGGCAGAUGGUGUGGGAGAACGGCUGCACGGUGAUCGUGAUGAUGACGGCUCUGGUGGAGGACGGGGAGAAGCAGUGCGAUCGCUAUUGGCCAGACGAGGGCUCCUCCCUCUACCACAUCUACGAGGUGAACCUGGUCUCGGAGCACAUCUGGUGUAAUGACUUCCUGGUGCGGAGCUUCUACCUGAAGAACGUGCAGACGCAGGAGACGCGCACGCUGACGCAGUUCCACUUCCUGAGCUGGCCUGCCCAGGGAAUCCCCACCUCCACGCGCCCUCUGCUGGACUUCCGCAGGAAGGUAAACAAGUGUUACAGAGGCCGGUCCUGCCCGAUAAUCGUGCACUGCAGCGACGGUACAGGCAGGACUGGAACCUACAUCCUGAUUGACAUGGUCCUGAACCGCAUGGCUAAAGGAGUGAAGGAAAUCGACAUCGCUGCGACCCUUGAACAUGUCCGUGACCAGAGACCAGGGAUGGUGCGCACCAAGGACCAGUUUGAGUUUGCCCUGACGGCCGUGGCUGAGGAGGUCAACGCCAUCCUGAAAGCCCUGCCCCAAUGAGAGCUCCGACGCACUGUGCCCCAGUCUGCCAGCCCCUGCCCUCCCUAACACCUCCCCACACCUCCUGCUCUUCCCCCUGCGCAUUCCCAACACUCGUAAUCACACAGAAAUGUAUCUGAAAAACAUCUCUGCAUGGCCUUCAUUCUGAAAAAAAAAAAGAGGAACAUAUAUGAGUCAUUCGAAUGAGCUACGUUUGUUCCCGUAUGUUGUCCCUUUUUGGGAAGACACAGCGAGUAUCUGGGUGAGCACCGUGGUAACGACAGAGCCUCACCUCUCCCGAGACGGAGGGGAACACGCAUCCGUGUAGAACGCUCACAAGAUGAGAGAGGAACCCUAGGAGACAGCACAGCUCUGCGAGGCCUAGAUAGAGCCCGGCCCUUUAUCGCAAACAUGUUUUUAUCCAAGUAAUGUUGGCCUAUGGUCAGGUAGUCAGGUGUGCUGGCUGCCUUUGAAGUGUGGGAACAUCAGGUGGAGAUGCAUUCCUUUCAUGAUAAGAGACCGAUAGAUCUGUCUGGAAAUUCACCUAACUUCUGUGCCUUCCUUGCUGUUUGUGGCACUGUGCACUUUCUCUUAGUAGCGUAAAAACUAACUUUACAACGGUUCCACUGCAGAAAUGCAGAAAAGAUAUUUGUCUCGUUUUCUCAUAGCUGUGCUCCUAGUUCCCCUGUGAUCUUGUGAACAGAUGCCCCCCUGGUUUGAAACACUCGGAUAAUUAGUUAUCUCAAAUAUUACACAGCUGAAAGCAUGCAGGCCCAAAUGGAAGUGAACAUUGCUAAUCUAAACAUACUAUGUGCUAACUAUCCAGAACUGUGUACUGUGCCAUAUGUCAUCUCAGAUUGUGUGGACGGCAUUGUUGUUUUCUUCAGGAAGCAUUUGGAUUGAGAGAUUCUUCCCUUUUAAUUCUUUCAAAGUUUCUACACUCUCGAAAAGAAUGUACAAAUAUACAAUUAAUGUGUUAAACGGGAGACUUUUAAACACAAACUGUUAACAUAACACGAAAUUUGAGAGUGUAGGGCACAGCAAACUAUGAUUGAGCAUACCGUUAAAAAUAUUUUUUAGACAGCACACACAAAUAGAUAGUCCUCUUCUUACAUUUACACUAAGACAUUUUUAUUUUCACAGCUCAAUAAGUGGUCAAUUCAAUGCAUAAAGAGCUGGUAUUUUGUUGAAUCCCAUACUGAAUCCCAGUUCACCCAAAAAUAAUAGUGUUUUCACUUACCCAGAGUACUAUCUAUUCCAUCCAGAUAGUUGAGACAAAUGUUCUAGAUCUGACUAUUUCUUUUAGACACAGUUUGCCAUUAUAUAAGGGACCAUACACACUUUUACUUCUGGAAAUGGACCAACUGAAUAUUUACAUUUGAAAAUACUCAACAGCAUCAUCUCUUUCCAAAUAUAAUGCCACAGUUCCUUGCAAACAUCAACCAGAAUUGGCCUGCUUCGGCAGAUCAACUUCUGCUUGCAAUAGAAGAAAUUGUUCUGGAUUAAAAUGUCCAUUUUUCAACUCUGUUGAUGUUCGCGAGUAACUGUGGCAUUUGGAUAGCGAUGAUGCUU